UGGAGUCUUCAGGUACCAGUGCUCGGUUUUCUCGUACAAAUUCUAACUUGUGAGGCUAAAUUGUCGGAUUGGCCUUGCACUACAAUCUUGCACUUCAAGACCAUAAUGCUCCUGACAAGUUAAUCCUGAUUGAUGGAAUUAAUGUUUUUGAAACUAAACACAUUUUGUCUAUCUGGUUCUCCAGAUAAUUCAAUAUUGUAUGCUUUACAUUACUAUGCGGUAGAUUAUUCAUGGGUAAAUACAAAAAUUGUUAAUACAUGAUAAUUGUGCAAAGUUAGUUGUAAAUACACUACUGCUAUUAUUGUGGACCAAAUCCUUUCCUCCAUUAUAUUAUUCCAUUAUAUAAUGAACAUUACCAUGUCUUUGAUGCCAUUUACUGUACGUGACGGCUACUAUCAAUGUAUUUAAAUAUAAAAAUGUAUUAGUUACGUGGCUUUAGAUUCACCUUUCAAUUGAGAGGUUGGGCAACAAAAAAUGGCACUGAAGUUGGAAAAACAUUCAGUUUAAACAGUUUAGCCAUUGUUAGCAACACAAGUUUACAUUAACCAGUGACAAAAUGAAUGUUCCAAUCCAUGUAACACACAAAAUGCAAAUAAAGAGGAUAUUACUACCGCCUUUUUUUAAUGUUGAUGUGGGGAGCGGCCAUCAUAGACUUUGACAUCAGGGUUGGAAGGGUCUGCCCGACUUUAGGCCGCCCUUAAAACUGGGAAUUAAAAACACUUCAAAUGGAACUUCAACUUCAAGAUUAAUACCCACUCUCGUAUUAAGAGAUGAAUAUGAAGCUACAGCCACCAGCUACCACACAAAAGCCAGAAAAAAAAUAUUUUUUUCAGGUGCUUGGCCCUGGACCGAACCAACCUGUUUCCAGUUAGUCUCCAGUUUGUAUGCUAGCCCUAGCUACAUAUUUUCAUAUAGCUCUGCUAUUCACUUCACAUACAGAGGCCAUAUAAGCCAUUAGAAAUGUUGUAUAUGAGUUAAAUUACUUUUGCAUCAAACAGUAUAUUGAGUCAAACAUAUUGUCCUUAUCAUUAGCCUGACCUUGUUUAUUUUAUCUCUAACUACAGUGUGUGUCUGCUUUCUUGCAGUGGACAGAGGGCGGUUAGAUUAAAUACCACACAGACGUUGAUUGUAAGAUAGAGAAAGCUGUGGAGGACGGAGACAAGAUGACCAGCCAGCAGGUUUUGUGUGACCCCGAUCGGGAGACAAGGAAACGCCCUGUCAUCUCCACUCUCAAAUUGUUUAUUAUGGCGCUGUCCUUCGCCUGCUUCUCAAAGGCUCUGACAGGAACCUACAUGAAGAGCUCCAUCACUCAGAUUGAGAGACGAUUCGACCUCUCCAGCACGCACAUUGGACUCAUCGAUGGCAGUUUUGAGAUGGGAAACUUGCUGUUUCUUGCUGUGGUCAGCCAUUUUGGGGCCAAGCUACAUCGCCCCAAACUCAUCGCUAUUGGCUGUUUCCUCAUGGCUGUAGGGGCCUUUCUCACGGGGCUGACCCACUUCUUCAUGGGAUGCUACAGAUACAACACAAUCGUUACGGUUUUCCAGAAUGGCAGUGUGAACGUUUCCGCUUGUGUGGGUCACCUCGGAACAGAAGUAGCUCAAAUUCAGACUGAACCCUCUGUAGAAGACAACAAAGCCUGUGUAACAGAGUCUGGUUCCAACAUGUGGAUCUAUGUAUUCCUGGGGAACGCUUUGCGAGGGAUCGGAGAAACCCCCGUCACACCUCUGGGAAUUUCUUACAUUGACGACUUUGCUAGAGCAGAAAAUUCCCCCUUCUAUAUAGCCUGUCUCCACACUAUCACUCUCCUGGGCCCCAUGUUUGGUUUCCUCCUCGGCUCCUACACUGCCAAACUAUACGUUGACUUUGGAUAUGUUGAUAUUGAAAGUGUGACUAUCACUCCGAAAGACGCCCGGUGGGUGGGCGCCUGGUGGAUGGGCUUCAUGGUGUGCUCCGUCCUCCUCCUCAUCUCCAGCAUUCCCUUCUUGUUCCUGCCACGCUCACUGCCUAAGCAGAAAGAAGCAACUCCCGCCUAUGACACCCUAGAAGGGACAGAGGAUGUUUCCGACAACAAUCACAACCUCAAGCUGACUGCCAUCGCUGAAGGGUUUCUUGCCUCACUGAAGCGCCUGUUGGGAACUCCUGCUUACUUCCUGCUCCUUUGUGGAAACAUCCUGAAGUUCAACUCCUUCAUCGGCCUGUUCACCUUUAAAGCCAAAUAUAUGGAACAACAGUUUGGACAGUCUGCAUCCAGAGCAAACUUCCUUAUAGGUAUGUUGAACCUGCCAGCAGUGGCAGUGGGGAUCUUCUUGGGGGGGCUGCUGAUGAGGCGGUAUAAACUAAGCUUGGUGUUAGGAGCUCAGCUCUCUUUUGCCACAUCCUUUAUGGCAUACCUCCUCCUGCUGCUGCAGUUCGGAACCAAGUGUGAUAACAUUCCCAUGGCUGGCCUCACCAUCUCAUACAACGGAACGCGGCGUCUUUCCUCCGAUGGAGACGCGCUCUUCUCAGAGUGUAACAGAGACUGCUCGUGUUCAGCAGAAGAGUGGGAUCCUGUGUGCUCAGACCGUGGCAUCACCUAUGUCUCUCCGUGUAUGGCUGGCUGCCUCAGCUCCAGUGGAUACGGCAAGAACACAGUCUUCCACAACUGCAGCUGUGUGUCCUCCCCAGCAGGCAGCAGCACGUCCGUGAGGUUGGGCCAGUGUCCUCAUGCCAAGGACUGCAGCCGCAGUUUCACUUCAUACAUGGCUGUGUCGGUUCUCAGUUCCUUUAUCAACUCCCUGGGAGCGACACCUGGCUACAUGGUCAUCAUACGAUGCAUCUCACCAGAUCUCAAAUCCCUUGCUCUGGGUAUCGAGGCCUUAGCAACUAGGAGUCUUGGUGGACUUCCUGCCCCAGUGUACUUUGGAGCCAUGAUUGAUUCAACUUGCCUGAAGUGGUCGAUCAAGAAAUGCGGAGUCAGGGGGGCGUGUCGCAUUUAUGACUCUAAUAUGUACAGGAUCAUCUUUCUGGGUCUGAUCUCUUGUCUCAGUGGUUCCUCAUAUUUCUUCAUCACUGCCGUCAUUAUCGUCCUCAGACGACAGUUUCUUAAGCCAGAGAAACAGAUACAAACGAAGGAUGUAAUAGCUUCAAAGCUAACUGACCUUCAAACCACCUCAAAACUCACUGAGGACCAUCUCGGUCCCCUUAAAACUCCCCAAUCGCAUCAUGCUGCCAAAGUUUGGGAAAAGAUGGCAACAGAACUGGAGCAGGGAGGGGAGAUUCACAGAAAAGAGCAGCUCCCCCAAGAUGGUAGACUAAGCUCUUUAAGUAACAUGCGGGACACGCAGCUGCUCAAAUCCUUGACAGAGACCACUGUUGAGUUCACUCCUCCUCCAAGUGAGGAAGCAAAGGUAGAGAUACACGGGCUGAACUCAGAGGUGGAGACAAAAGAGGGAAAGGACGAGGUAAAGAGAUGGAUGCACAGCUGAAAACAGAAGGCAAUCUCACAGAUGAUAAAGAAACAAUACACAGCAAGGAAAUUGACGGCAUGCAAAACUAAGAGGUCCACCAGUUUGUCCCAGGCAAGGCCACCCGGCUCCAUUCUAGGAAUGAAGUUAGGCGAAGAGUUGGGCCAAAACUCCCAUUUACCUGGAUUGUCAAGAGGAAAUGCUUUUUCACCUUGGAUAUGGCAUGCUCCAUGUCAAUAGUAUUUUUUCGUCUUUAAUUAGAGUUUUAAGCUGCUAUUUUGCCUGUGGUCCUCUGGGCCAAAAUGGAUUUUUUUAUUUUAAUGUCAAUGAAAAAUCAGAAUGUUUGAUACUAUUGUUAACACAAUAUCAUGAAGGUGAGGUUAUCAUAAAAUAGUUUUGUCACUGUUAGUUAACUUGCAGUGAGUGAUUCUUUGGCCACUUUGAGUCAACACAAUGAGCUGUAAAUAGAAUACUGGCAUAUUGACCUUAUGCCUUUUCUUGUGGCUGGUAGUGUAUAGUUGGUGUAUUAUAACUGGCUUUCCUCAUAUUGCCCAGUGCAUAUAGAAAUGAUGUCCUGAGAAUGAAUAAAAACAAGAAGUUGUUUCUUUGGUCAUAUCUCAUGCCUUCAAUCAUUUGCAGUAAAUUGUUUACAAAAUUGAA